CUUUACUUAGGCCAUCACAAGGAGACGUACGCUCUCUGCUAGCACCCAUCUUGCAGCAGGCGGAGCCGCCCGACCCAAUCCGUGCGUGUGUUGGUCGAGAUGGCUACAACAGCUUACGCUCCCAUGGCGAGCCAGGUGAUGAAGAGCAGCCCGGUGCACUCGAGGCCGAGGGGCCUGUCAGGCGCUGCGCUCACGCGGCCCCGGCCCCGGUUCAGCGUCGUCAAGGCCGCCAUCCAGCCCGAGAAGGCAACGUACCAGGUGGUGCAGCCCAUCAACGGCGACCCGUUCAUCGGCAGCCUGGAGACGCCCGUCACCUCCAGCCCGCUCAUCGCGUGGUACCUCUCCAACCUGCCGGCCUACCGCACCGCCGUGAGCCCGCUGCUGCGGGGCGUCGAGGUCGGCCUCGCCCACGGCUACCUCCUCGUCGGGCCCUUCGCGCUCACCGGCCCGCUCCGCAACACGCCCGUGCACGGCCAGGCGGGCGCGCUCGGCGCCGCCGGCCUCGUCGCCAUCCUCAGCGUCUGCCUCACCAUGUACGGCGUCGCCUCCUUCAACGAGGGCGACCCGUCCACGGCGCCCACGCUCACGCUCACCGGCCGGAAGAAGGAGGCCGACAAGCUGCAGACCGCCGACGGCUGGGCCAAGUUCACCGGAGGGUUCUUCUUCGGUGGUAUCUCCGGCGUGCUCUGGGCAUACUUCCUCCUCUACGUGCUCGACCUCCCCUACUACUUCAAGUAGAAUACAAAUUCAUAAAGAUGCAUAUAUAUAAUAUAGCUCCGCCUCCGAUCCUCCUCUCUGCGUGCAAAGGUAUGCCAUUUCAGCAGUGACGAGCAUCGUGGAUACAUGCAAUUCCUCUGCACAUGGAUGGAUUGGGAUGUAACUUGGAACUGUUAAUUUUUUUUACUUUGAUUUGGAUGCAUCAUGACCCCCCCUUCAAACCAGCUAGUGAAAUGCCAUUUUAGGUAAAAGUCGACCUCCUAG